GUGGUCAUCAGAAAAUCUUUCGGUGGCUGACUUGAUUGUGUAUUGCGAAGAUGGGGGACGUCAACAAGGAUACGACGUCGUUUGCCCUCCCAGGUUCAGGGUUCUACCCUUCCGACGAACAGCUUGUAGGCUACUACCUCUCCCUGAAGAAUGACGGCGAUCGUCACGGCGGCACGAACGUAAUCAAGGAUAUUAACCUCUACAAUUUUGACCCGUUCAACUUACCCGAGACUUUCCGCUUCCGGUUCGGCCGCGGCGGGAGGCGCCUGCACUGGUUCUGCUUUGUUGUUAGGGCUUUGAAGGAUAGAGGAACCAGGCGAGCCGGCGGCGGGUACUGGAAAAGGAGAGGGGGGGUUAGGGUUGUUGUGGAUCGGAGUUUGGGGAAAGCCGUGGUUGGGACGCGCAAAUGCUUCGUUUUCUACUUUGGGGAUUCUCCGAAGACUGCUGUGAGAACUGACUGGUUUAUGUAUGAAUACGAACAACCUAAUCAUCCAACGGCUGCUUUCGUCCUAUGUCGAAUUUUUUCCAAAUCACAUCACGGAAACAACCUGUCAGAAAAUAUGGUGAGUUCCUGUGCUGAAGAAAGUGUUGCGACUGUUCGUCACAUUGGUAUUCAGUGCAAUGGAACUGCCACGUCAGCCACCGAUGAAAAAAUGCAGGAUGAGAAGAAUGAGGUUUUGAAUUUCCCAGUGGAUACAGUUAGCAAGAUAGAUAAUCAUGUUAGUGAACCAAUUGGUGACCAGAUGAGAUCAACGGGACUUGUUAGUACUGGUGCUACAUUUAUUGAAGCCUUGGCUGCUGAGGAAGAAUUAGGCAUUCUUGAAGGAGAUUUUUUGGAGCUGGAUGACCUUGUCUGCCCACUUUUGGGCGGUGACUAAUUUAUUACAAUAUUGAUAAACCAAUUUAAAAGGAUUUCUCUAAGAGAAAGAUGGAUAAUCACUAAGUGAUACAAAAGUAUUACAAUACCAAUCUUGGAUUACAAUUCCAAUUCAGAUAUUAUUGACACAUUACGAAUCUUGGAUUACAAUUCCGAUGAGAUAUUAUUGAUACAUUACCAAUCUUGGAUUACAACUCCAAAUGUGAUACAUUACCAAUCUUGGAUUACAAUUCAGACGUCUAAAUGAGAUACCAUUCCAUUACUUUCCCAAGAAUAGUUGGGAUGCAUACUGAAGUUGUUGAUACAAUCAUGUAAGGUUAUGUAAGAUAUAUUGGCGGUGAAAGCCUGAAGAUAUGAAGUGUUGUCUGUUCUUUGGAGACAAUUGUCCCAUGGCGCAAAUCAUCUGGCUUAUGAGGGGGACCCGUUUGGUGGUUAGCACGGUGGUAUUUGUGUCGUGGAUUAUCAAUGUAUCAAUCUCAACUCUACUCUGUUCCCACCUUGCCAAGCUGUUGGCCAUUUUGCUGAAGGUGGAGUCAACUAUGCUGAGCAGACGCCGCUUAGCCUUUGUAGAUUUUCUGUUAUCUCAGCUUUGCAGACAGAUUGUUUUCCUGUUUUGUUGGUCAAUCAACAAACUUGCUUGUUUGAAAUAAAUGAAGUUUGUGUUAACUUUUGCUGCUUCAGUCCUAUGCUGCUGCUUUAAACUACUUUCUAUUUGUAUCUGUAAAAUACUUUGGAUUUUCAGUAGUCUGAUACUUUGUUAUAGCAGCAUUUGCAGGUCUUUUCAUCUAGCUUUCUAUGCUUAUAUA